GAUCUAUUGCGCACGCCCAAGUCGCGGGUCCUGGAGCAGGAGAAAGGCGGUGGAGUGGCAUCCGAGACUAGGAAGCGCGGCGUUGGGCGGGAUCCUUUCCGGAAGCGGAAGCUCGGGGGGCGGGCCAAGAAGGUCCGGGAGCCCAAGGCGGUUAAUUCUUUCUACCGUCAGGCUUCACUUCCCUCGAUCUGGGCUUCUCUGAGGCUGCGAGAGAUGGUCAGGUCCGGGUCUCGACCCGGCCAGGUGUUAUCUUCAGGAAGGCACACUGGACCUGCUAAAUUAACAAAUGGGAAGAAAGGGACCCAUUUAAGAAGAAUAUCACGUUUUAAUGCAGAUUCUGGCUAUUCCAUCCAUUCUGAUUCAGAAAGUCAGGCUGAAACUCUUCAUGGGCUUGAUGGUUGUGCUUCUUUGCUGAGGAACAUUUUGAGAAAUGAAGAUUCAGGUUUAGAAACAGCAUAUUUAGAAAACAGAUCUAAUUCUAGACCUUUAGACAGCAGAAAAUAUGGAUCUAAAAAGAAAAGACAUGAAAAACAUACUGUUCCUUUCAUAGUCCGGAAAGAAACAUCAUCUUCAGAUAAUAAGAAACAGAUACCUAAUGAAGCUCCUGCUAGAAGUGAAAGAGACACAUCAGAUCUAGAACAAAAUUGGUCAUUGCAAGAUCAUUAUAGAAUGUAUUCACCCAUAAUAUACCAAGCCCUCUAUGAGCAUGUGCGGACUCAGAUGUCACUGAUGAAUGACUUGACUUCAAAGAACAUCCCUAAUGGAAUCUCUGCUGUACCAUGCCAUGCUGUGUCUCAUACUGAAUCUCAGGCAACUCCUCAUUCUAGUUACGGCUUAUGUACCUCCACCCCGGUCUGGUCACCUCAGCGGCUACCCUGCCCUCCAAAGGUUCAUUCUGUUUGAAACUCUUGUGACAGUCAGUUUGCAUCACAAGGUAAAACAGUUUCUGCGACCUGUACUGAUGUUCUACAGAAUUCAUUUAACACCAGCCCUGGAGUUCCACGUAGCCUGCCCAAAACUGACACAUCAGCUAUUCCAACCUUGCAGCAACUGCGACUUGUUAGUGGGAUUCUGCCACAACAAGGAGUUCAUAAGGAAACAGACCUACUCAAAUGUUUUCAAACAUAUAUGUCUCUUUUUCAAUCUCAUGGAAAAGAAACACAUCUGGACAGUCAGACACACCAAAGCCCUACUCGAUCACAGCCAGCUUUCUUGGCCACUAAUGAAGAAAACUGUGCCAGAGAGCAAAUUGGAGAGGCCAGAAGUGAAAGACAGGAUUUGAGCCUACGUGUGCGAGAUACAAAAACAGUCAAGGAUGUACAGAAGGCAAAAAAUGUGAACAAGAUAGCUGAAAAAGUUAGAGUUAUGAAAUAUUUGCUGGGAGAGCUCAAGGCCCUGGUAGCAGAAAAAGAGGAUUCAGAAAUUCAGAGGUUGGUUACAGAAAUGGAAGCAUGUAUAUCUAUACUUCCAGCAGUAAGCGGAAAAGAUAUUCAAGUUGAGAUAGCACUAACCAUGCAACCAUUAAGAAGUGAGACCGCUCAGUUACGAAGGCAGUUGAGAAUUUUGAACCAGCAACUCAGCGAACAAGAGAAAACUCAUAAGCCAUCUGGUGCUGCAGAUUGCAAUCUUGAAUUGUUUUCUCUUCAGUCAUUGAAUAUGUCACUGCAAAAUCAAUUGGAGGAGUCACUAAAGAGCCAGGAAUUACUGCAGAGUAAGAAUGAAGAGCUCUUAAAAGUGAUUGAAAAUCAGAGAGAUGCAAACAAAAAAUUUACUAGCAUAUUUAAAGACAAAGAUCAAACCAUACUUGAAAAUAAACAGCAAUAUGACAUUGAGAUAACAAGAAUAAAAAUUGAAUUGGAGGAAGCCCUAGUCAAUGUGAAAAACUCCCAGUUUAAGUUAGAAACUGCUGAAAAGAAAACCAGUUUGGGGAUAACAUUACGUCAGCGUGAUGCUGAGGUGACUCGACUAAGAGAAUUAACCAGAGAUUUUUCUUUUAAUUUCAGAGACAAUGGUGAGUCAAAUUCUGUUUAUACAUAAAAAUAUUAGUAAUUACUAUUAAUUUCCAGAAGUUAAGCUUUUUUAAAUGUCAGUGUUCCUUCCUUCCUUUAUUUAUCUCUGAUUUUGUCUAUAUCAACAAUAAUGUUUUUGUUAAAACUGGAAAGAAACCUCAAUAUAUGUAUUCCUUUUCUGAAAAUAAAUAAAAAUUUCAGUAUGCAGUCUGAUCAAAUUAAUUAGUGGGUCAUUAUUCAUUACAGCAUUCCUUUAAAGAUAUGUUUCUCCAACAUAUUUUUGUGUUUUAAUAACAACUCAUUAACUUCUUUUAAAAUUAAUAUCAUAAU